AUGGCGUCCGCGCUGCACCUCCUCGCGCAGCCCGACUCGGCGGGGUGCGAGAAGCGCUCCGGCCACAGGCACAAGCAUCUGGGGAUGAAGAACAGGCCGGCCCCCGCCAUCGUGCGCGCCAUCGUCGGCAGGGGGCCUGCGUCCGCGGACGCGGGGAUGCCAGCCACGGAGCUGUCGGCGAAGGGGGUCAGAGACUCCGUAGAGCUCGACACGGAGGGCAUGAACGACAGCCAGGUCACGGCCAUCAAGGAGUCGCUGCGCGCGUCCCUCUCCCUGGUGCAGGGCCCCCCCGGGACGGGGAAGACGUCCACGGCGCUGCGGAUCAUGAGGCACUGGGUCCGGGGCUCCCGCGACAUCCUCGCGGGCAGGAGGACCGCGCUGCUGGCCACGAGCGACUCGAACAUCGCGGUGGACAACCUGGUCGAGGGGCUCUCGAGGACGGGCGUCCGAGUUGUGCGGCUGGGGCGGCCGGAGGCGUCCCGGCCCGAGCUCCUGGACUACUGCGCCGACGAGAUCGCCGCGAAGGCGUGCGGCGUUAACAAGCUGAGCGAGCUGCAGGACGCGGCCAGGGCCAGGGCACGCGAGGAGGUCCAUCGAGCGGUCGAGAUGGCGGAGGUUGUGUGCUGCACCUCUAUGGGUGCGGGCAGCGGCAUGCUGUCCGAUUACACGUUCCCACGGGUGCUGAUGGACGAGGCGUCCCAGGCGACAGAGCCGUCCACCAUCGUCCCAAUAUGUAAGGGAUGCUUGCAGCUGGUACUGCUGGGGGACCACUGCCAGCUGCCGCCCACCGUUGGAUCCGACCUGGCCGCAAAGGAGGGUCUCGCACUCUCGCUCUUCGAGCGCCUGGCGCGCGCUGGGGUGAAGCCGACGCUGCUGCAGCAGCAGUACCGGAUGCACCCGGCCAUCUCGGAGUUUCCGCGUCAGCAUUUCUACGCCGGCGAGCUCGCGGACGGCAUCGGAGCCGAGGACCGGCAGACUCCGAACGGGUUCCGGUGGCCGGACGAGAAGAUGCCGGUUGGCGUGGUGCCGGUGCACGGGCACGAGAUGUCCGAGGGCACCUCUUGGCUGAACGAGGAGGAGGGGCGGAAGGUGGUCGACGUGCUGCGGGGGUUCCUGCAGGGAGGCCUCCAGACCACGGAGGUGGGGGUGGUGACGCCGUACGGCGCCCAGGCCCGGCUCCUGCGAACCCUGCUCAAGAGAGUCGGCAUCAGGACGGGCCGCGACCUCGGCGGGGUCGAGGUGAACUCCGUGGACUCUUUUCAGGGGCGAGAGAAGGAUGUGAUCAUCAUGUCGACGGUGCGCGCGAGCGACCACGGCGGCAUCGGCUUCACCUCGGACUGGCGCCGCGUCAACGUCGCGUUCACGCGCGCCAGGAAGCCCGCGCAGGCUUCCGAGAGGCCCUGCUCGUGCCGCUCUUCCCUCCCCGGGCCGGAGACGCUGGCGAGGGAGGGCCGCACCUGGGCGCCCUGGCUGCGCUGGGCGGCGGCGCGGGGGCUCUUCUGCGGCCCGGCGCCGCCGCUGCCCCCGCCGAGCCCGGGCGCCGCGCCGGUGGGCCUUCGGGCCCUGGAGGCCCGCCGGGGGCCGAGCCCGCCCCGCGGGGCGCAGGGCCGCAGCCGCAGCCCGAGGCGCCGCGGGCUCGCCGCCGCCGACGCCGCGGCGGCCGCCGCGGACCCGCAGGCAGCCGCGGUGCCCGCGGCGGCACGCGCUCCCGCCGCGGGCGGGCUGCCGCGGGCCAGGCCCGAGAGGUUCCACGCCCCCGGGCGCGCGUCCGGCGGGGCUCCGGCGGGGCUCUCCGGCGGCGGCCUCCACCGGGGCCUCCCGGAUGGGGUGGGAGCAGGAGAGCGGGAGAAGCUUGACGGAUCCGACAUGGAGCAGCAGUUUAUCCGUUCCGAGCUCGGGCCGUUCACAAAGGGCAUCUCCGAGGCUUUUGUCAAGGCCCACGUCGUCCGCCUCCCCCUCCUGCGCUUCCGCCCCCGUCCGCAGACCCUGGGCAUGUACGCGUUCCUGUUCAUCUCGGUCCCGGAGAUCCAGAUACUGAAGAGCAUGACGAUCGUGAUGGUGUUGUUUUUCGCUUGGCUCCUCGUCAAUGAGAAGGUGAGCAGGCUGCUGGUCUGCUCCGUCCUGGUGAUCGCCGGUGGUGUCUGCUUGUCGGCCGCCUACGACAACGACUCGAAGGUCGGCGGCGGCCACGGCGUCCGGAACACCGUCAUCGGCGUAGUGCUGAUGCUGCUGGCCAGCACCUUCGAGGCUGCCAAGACCGUCAUCAGCCAGGUCCUGAUGGAGAAGAUGUCGCUCUUCGACGGAAUCUACCAUUCCAGCCCCGCGUUCGUGCUCCUUGCCGCCGUCUUCGUGGGCUGCAUGGAGGCCAAGGGUCUUUACCAUUACGAGUUCAACGGCACAGUCGCGUGGCUCUUGGCCGCCAACGCGAUGGCCACCGGAGUCAUCGUGCUCUCCAGUUUCUGGUCCUGGUGCUACUUGUUCGCCGCGAGGAGGUGGAGGUUCGUGAAGCUGGCAGGUGCUCUCACGCUGAAGGUCGUAACGCAGGCGCGCUCCAUCGGCCUCAUCAUGUGUUCGGUGUUCUUCUUCGGGGAAGUCUGCAGCGCCCCGCAGUACGUAGGCUACACACUCACCCUGCUGGGCAUGGGCAUGUUCGACUACGCGAAACAGGUGCUCAAGGACGCGGUGGCCAAGGCCGAGACCACGUCCUAGGACGCGUGGUCCAGCGGCACCACCUGGCACGUGGACAGGC